GUACCUACCAUCUUUAGCUAUUCCUUAGUCUCUUCAUCACUCAGUCUUUUUUGUUCUUUGGAUUCGGACAAACACAAACAAAAUGGCGUCUCCCCUCAAUCUGACUGCUGGAAACUGCCGCGUUGGCUGGAUUGGCACCGGCGUCAUGGGUCGCUGGAUGUGCGAGCACGUCAUGAAGGCUGGAUUCACCAAUAUGACGGUGCACAACCGCACUGAGGCCAAGACGGAGCCGCUGCGAGCACUGGGCGCACGCGUUGUGGCCACUCCGCGCGAGGUCGCCGAGAACUCGGACGUCGUGUUUACGAUUGUGGGCUACCCGAAGGAUGUCAGAGAGACGUAUCUCGGCGCCGACGGCGUGCUCGCUGGGCUCAAGGCGAACGGCGUCUGCGUCGACAUGACCACUUCGCAGCCGUCGCUCGCAGAGGAGAUUGCAAAGGCGGCCAAGGCCAAGGGGAUUUAUGCUGUCGACGCCCCCGUCUCUGGAGGCGAUGUCGGUGCCAAGAACGCCACGCUGUCCAUCAUGAUUGGCGGCGAGGAGGCUGCCGUCGAGGCACUGCGCCCGCUCUUCUCGGCCAUGGGCAAGAACAUUAACCGCUUGGGCGGCCCGGGCGCUGGCCAACACACAAAGAUGGUCAACCAGGUGCUCAUCUCGACCACCAUGAUUGGCGUCGUGGAGGGGCUGCUCUACGGCUACAAGGCCGGGCUUGAUCUCGUCGAUGUCAUCAAGGCGGUCGGCGCCGGUGCCGCCGGAUCCUGGUCCAUCAACAACUAUGGUCCUCGCAUGAUCAAGCGUAACUUUGACCCCGGCUUCUUUGUCAACCACUUUGUCAAGGACCUCGAGAUUGCCCUCGACGAGAGCCGUCGCAUGAACCUGUCGCUGCCCGGUCUCGCCCUCGCCCACCAAUUCUACGUUGCCCUGAAGGCCCAAGGCCACGGCCAGCUCGGCACGCACUCUCUGCUUCUUGCGUUUGAGCAAAUGAACCACACCAAGAUUGACCAGCCCGAGAAGCCUGCUUCCCAGUAGAAAAAAACCAAAAAAAGUUGUGUUUAUUGGUGUUUCUGUUUUGAGUGUUGUUUCUGUGUGCAUUUGUUGCAGAAGCGUGUUUUUUUGCCUUGUUGCUCCUUGUGAUUUGCUUGAAUGAACGUCGUAUCGACAGUUGAGG